AUGGUUAUGCUGUACAAGGACAUCGCCAAGACGGCAGAAAAUGUGCUUCGAGACGAUUAUGACUUCUCGCGCAAGCUAAAGAUUAAGACCACGGCCUCCAACGGUGUCUCAUUUACGACAGAGGGUGAAAUGGUCAGCAACAAGGCUAUUCUGGCCAAACUGUCGGCUUCCUUUAAGCACGAAAACAGUGGUGUUGUGUUUAAAAAGCUCCAGGUGACCACGCACGGCCGUCUGAUUACUGAAGCUGAGCUGCCCAAUAUCUUUACGAGGGGUCUCAAACUCACCGCCAAGAUCGAGGAUGGCUCGCUUGCCAAAAGUGUUCACGCUAAGCGUAUUGGCGUGUUUGGCUGGGAGUAUCAGCAUUCAAAAUACUCCGUAGAUGGUGCAAUUGACAUUGGCUCGACUACAAUCAGCAAAUCUGCUGUUUACAGCUUUGACAAUGUGCUGGUUGGUGCCCAAGCAGCAUUUAACUAUGAGAAGUCGGCAGUCGUGGACCACAAUGUAGCCCUGAGUUAUCGUGGCAGCGACUUUACGGCUACGUUGCAUACGAAAAAAAAGUUUAACGUACUUUCGGGCUCAUUCCACCACCAUCUGUCUUAUGACACUGUCUACUCGGCGCUCUUCAACUAUGAUUUAAAAUCAGGUCAAAACACACUCAGCGUAGGAGGCCGCUACAAUGCUGACAGGCUGACCACUUACGCUGGUAAGGUGGAGUCGAAUGGCCACGUAUCCCUGGCUUUGAUCCAGAAGAUUCGCCCCUAUUUGGCACUCACCACUAGCGCUCGCGUGGACGUCAAGAACUUUGACGGCGACGCGCACAAAUUUGGCAUCGGCCUCACUUUGGGCUAA